GGCCGAAGUGGUCAGUCGCGGUCGCCAUUUUGUCGGGUAGUCAUCGGGUACGUCGUGUUUCUUUCGGGUUGCUACACUUUUUGAAACAAGCGCCGCCGAAAAAUUUGGGGCCCGGCACGUUCGUUCGCUCCCCCAAAUGGCUUGUCUGAACACCCUCAAGCAGGAGAUAAAAACUCUUGAGUCCGUCUUCCCAAAGAGCCAUGAGAGAUUUCAGAUAAUGUCUGCGAGUGUGGACGAACUCAGCUGCAGGUUCGUCGGUAAAAAUGGGAAGAAAUACGAAAUACACGCCAAUAUUACAGAAACCUAUCCCUCUACGCCACCAGUCUGGUUUGCAGAGUCUGAGGAAACAAGUGUUACAAACGCGGUACAAAUUUUAAGUACUACCACAGGCCGUGACAACCACGUCAUUAAUCAAGUUGGGAUUCUCUUGAAAGAAUUAUGUAGACUUCACUCAUUACCCGAACCGCCUGACGUUGAACGGUUAAGGACAGCCUUGGAUCCGUUACGUUUAGGAGGAUCAAAUGAAGCUGCGGCACAAAGGAUGGAAGCUGAAGAUGUGGAAGAUAUUGAUGAUGACGAAGAGAGCGAUGCAGAGGAAGACCUUCAUUUAGAUAUGGAUGAGGGAGAUGCCAAUGCAAAGAGUAAGGGCGAAGAAAUAGAAUUGGAACAUCUUGCAACGUUAGAAAGGUUGAGGCAAAAUCAAAGACAAGAUUACUUAAAAGGAUCUGUCUGUGGCAGUGUGCAAGCCACAGACAGGCUUAUGAAAGAAUUGCGCGACAUUUAUCGAAGUGACAGUUUCAAAAAAGGAAUGUACAGCAUAGAAUUAGUAAAUGACAGUUUGUAUGAAUGGAAUGUCAGGCUGAUGUGUGUUGAUCCUGAUUCACCUCUGCACAGUGAUCUCAUACUUCUAAAAGAAAAGGAAGGCAAAGACAGUAUUCUCCUUAACAUGCUUUUUAAGGAAACUUACCCAUUCGAACCUCCAUUUGUCAGAGUUGUGCAUCCCAUGAUCUCUGGUGGUUACGUCCUUAUAGGAGGCGCGAUUUGUAUGGAACUUUUGACGAAACAAGGUUGGAGUUCAGCCUACACAGUGGAAGCAGUCAUCAUGCAGAUUUCAGCAACGCUAGUGAAGGGUAAAGCACGCAUACAAUUUCAAGGACCAGGUAGUGCUAGCAAAGUGUGUGGACAAGGUCAAUACAGUCUAGCACGUGCACAACAGUCAUUCAAGUCUCUUGUACAAAUACAUGAAAAAAAUGGUUGGUUUACCCCUCCAAAAGAGGAUGGCUAAUGAACAUGAAUCACGGAGAAAGGAAAGUUUGACGCGUGCUUACGGCAGAGACUUUAAUUCGGUGUGUGCCCAACAAAUAAUUGUUAUGAUAAUGAUUUGAUACACAAAACACAACAUUAACUAGGUGGUAACUUAAGAUACUGAAUUAAUCUAACGCGUAAUUCCUUUUUGAUGGCUGAAAAAAAAGGCUGCCGCGCAAACAGUGAAGUGUUUGAUUCUGUAUGCAUAGAUUUUUCAGUAAUUAGUGAUUAGAUCGCCAAUCGCAUUUGUGAAUGUGAGAUAUAAUCAUUUUUAUCUGGAAUUGAUUCUUAUGUUUUGGAAUUAUCUAAGGAUAAUUAAUUCCAAAUAACAUUAAUCUUAGUUCUCUUUUUGUGAGUACACAUUGUUGUACGUACGUACGAAACAAGUGUAAACAUUCUGUGAAAAUGCGUUUGCGCAAUCCGUGCUUCCUUUCUUCCAACAGAGGGAAACACGAUGGUUAGCAACUUAGAUAGUUAUAUUGACAAUUUUUCUAAGUGUUUUUUUUUGUUUUUUUUUUUUUUUUUUUUUUUUUUUUUUUUUUUUUUUUUAUCAUUGUGAGCUUUCAUUCGUUCCAUUCUAUCUUAUUGUAUUUUAAUUCAUUCAAUUCUUUCAUUCAUUGUGCAAUUCAUAAGUAAGUUUGUUCGGAUAUAUACAUUUGUUGAAAAGUAAAAGCAGUAAAACGAAUCUAAAAGUGAGAAAAGCGAUGUUUCUGGGGGUAAAGCGAAUUUUGCUGUUACCUUUUUUUUUUUUUUUUGUAUUUAUUCGAUUUCAUUCAUUGAUGAACGCAAUUCAACAAUGUGAACGAGCACACAACUAAACCAUCACGAUUCUGCAGUACUUUGAAUCAGUAUAUGACCUUAAGGAAAUUAACAUCGCGUAUAACGAGGCUGUAGAGGAUAUAGUAUUAUUUAUAAUUCUACGUACUGCAAAAAAACGACCAGAUUCAAUUCGUAGUCAAUGAAAUCGUUACAUUUUCCUUCCGUCGAGUAAUGUUUCUUUGCAUUUUCUACUUUGGUUAAGUAUGAAAAUAACAAAUGUGUACAUACUCCUAAUGCUUUACGUUGCCCGCCUUCUAAUUAUCUCGCACGAAUGAGAUUUACAUUCUAAAGAAGAUUUUUACAAUUUAUAUUCAAACUGUCGAACAUCCUUAUAAAUAAAGAAAUCGCAUAGCAAUAUUAGAUAGUAUGUAUUUCCUUAACAUAACUGACUAAAAAGGAAUAGUUAAGGGUUGUAUAGAUAUGUACAUAUACACAUGUUUGUGUGUCAAUAUCUUGAAAACUGAUGCUUUCCCGAGUUCUACUUUUUCCCUUCAUCUUAAACCCGGUGAGAAUCUAAAGUGUACAAGAUAAUGAGACGAUCCGCGAUUUGGUUGUGUGCCUCGUUUGAUACUCCACUCUUUUGUUGUAUUUGCAGUUUAUUCGUAAAGCGGUUAAAGUGCUUGGUGAAAAUUGAUAUGAAAGUUUUGGUCUGUAUGUUGGGCGUACGCUCAAGCGAACUUUUAGUGGUAUUCUAUAUACAUAUAUAUACACAUAAAUAUAUAUCGUGACAUUUAUUUGCAAUCGAAGCUCUAUUUACACGACGUGUUUGAAAUCGCGCGAGAUUGAUCGUCGAAAAUUUCUUUGUGCCACAAGUAGAGUUUUACACUGGCCAGUUGAAAACGAAAAGAAAAGAACAAAAAAAAAAAAAGAAAAAAAAAAAAAAAAAAGAAAAA